AUGGCCGGGAAACAGCUUCUUCAUCCAAAAGUUUCACGCUUGCACGGCGAUCUCCUCGUUGAUGAGUCUACUACUCUCAUUGUCGACCUCUAUUUGGAGCAUAUGGCAUACGUUCGUGUUAGUGGCUCUAAUGCGGGCGUUGACGCAAAGCGGCCUCGAUCUCGGAUGUAUCUGCAACGUUACAGUGGCCUCGCCGACUCGGAACAGGUGACUGCGAGGAAAUUGCAAGGAGAAAGCGGUAGUUUGCAAUUCAAAAUUGAAGCAAUACUAAUCUCGCCGACAGCCUUGAAGAUUCUGUCGGGCUGUCUCGCAGUAUGGGAGCUUUCUCAUUGA